AUGUCUUCAAAAAAUCUUCUUUGGGAUUUAUGUAGAGAUGAGGAGAGAAGAGUUAAAAAUUCAAAUUCUAUCUAUCUAUCUAUCUAUCUAUCUAUCUAUCUAUCUAUCUAUGCCUCUUUUGUAUUUCCCAGUUUCUUGAUCUAUCUAUCUAUCUAUCUAUCUAUCUAUCUAUCUAUCUAUCUAUCUAUCUGUCUGUCUCUCUGUCUAAAUUCUUCUAUUCUUAGGAUGAGAGACGAAUUAAAAAUUCAAAUUCUAUCUAUCUAUCUAUCUAUCUAUCUAUCUAUCUAUCUAUCUAUCUCAGUCUGUUCCUAUCUAUCUAUCUAUCUAUCUAUCUAUCUAUCUAUGCCUCUUUGUAUUUCCCAAUUUCUUGAUUUAUCUAUCUAUCUAUCUAUCUAUUCUCAUAUUUCAGUCUCUUCAUCUAUCUAUCUAUCUAUCACAGUCUGUUCACAUGUAUCUAUCUAUCUGUCUAUUAUCUCUCCUGUUGUGUUUCUUCUGCUCUUCUCUCCCUUCGUUUUAUAG